CUGUGUCACUGGACCAUCUUGUGUUGCGCGUUGUGUGGGUGGAGACGCCAUGGCCGCCGUGGAGAACGUUGAGGAAGAGGAGGUGAAUGAGGUUGAGCAGGCGCACAUCAAGGCUGACAGCAACCUGCCGACCUGCUACUUCCUGGCCACUAGCGCGAAGUGCACCAAGGGCUAUGAAGGCGACUCUCAGUGGGUCAUCGAGCUGGAGAAGGGCUGGAGCCCAUGGAUGCCAGGCAAUGAGCCCUACUACGGCGCCACGGACGCACCGUUGCGCUACACCUUGGGGCGCUAUGACUUCGAGGUUCACUUUGAAAGCGAGACCGUGGGCUCCCAGACCAACCUCACUACCGGCAAGGUCCGCCGCCUCCAAAAGCUUCAGAAGGGCGAGCCCAUGCCCGCCUGGGAGGGCACGGGCAUCCGCCGCCGCCCCGCCGCGGCGGCCGCUGGUGCGCCUGCUGGGGGCCUAGGCGCAGCGCCGGCCACGUCGGCGGCCAAGCAGGCGCAACAGAACCGGGAGCAACGGCGGAGCGGGUAUGAUGCCAACAAGGCGAUGCAGCCCCACUCUUUGCGGCCGCAGGUGUCCCAAUCCGCCUACAAGGCUUCUCCCGCACCAUCGGCGCCCAAGCCGAAACCAGCAGCUGCCGGAGGAGCUCAAGGCAUUCCUUCUGGACAAGCCCCUGGGCAUGUUCCACGCUACAUGCGACCGCUGAAGUCCAAGGCAUGAGCUUUUUGGUCCGUACCGAAAUCGGUACCGAACUCGGUGCAGAAGGCCCUGUGAGCCGGGCCGGCGGUGGUGGCACUUUGCAGGAUAUCGUCGACCGCCUA